GACUCGGUCUUUCUUUUCUCACUUCCCCUAGUAGUAAGAUAAACGGGAUAGAAAAUGAUGGAAGGGAUAGCAAUGAGUUGUUAGCUUAUAGAACACACUAAGCUGCUAUAGAAAUCGUACUGUAGCAUUUUCUUUCAGGCAAAUGAUAGACGCAUUCUGUAUGCAACCUGUGCGGUAAUAGUUUGUAAAUAUCGAAAGUCUGAGAAUCCUUCAUUAAUGCGCAGACAAGUUGAGGGAAUCUUCUUUUAAAGUCGCUUUUGCUUGUGUUAUACGAAAGCGAUGUAUAAAAUAAUUUCGUAUCGUUAUGAAUGACUGAAUAGAUUUAUUUGGAAAAAAUACGCAAGACAACGAAUCUUCGCGUAGCUACACUUGUUUCUAACAAUCAGCUGACUUCCGGAACUAAUACGGGAGACGAUGUUAGUGAGGCCUUUCAUUCUUUUCACUUGACACAACAGCAUUUUCAUAACUGAAUAGCGUAUUACUCGUUUCUCAGUAAACCUAAUAAUCAAAGACUGACACGUUCGAUUCGUUACACCGUAAGCUUGUUUGCGAGUGAACUAAUGUUAAAUACCGCCUAAUCGUUAAACUGUUGGAAAAUAAUUUUAAGAUAAGUUACUACCCUCCUCUGAAAGAUAAUAUGAAUUCUCAAGACGGUGCAAGCAAUAACCAGAACAAAAUAGAGACAAAAGUGGAUGGACAUUUAAAGAAAAAUAAUAAUCAACCAGUUGAAAGUAGACUAUGUGGAGAUCAACUAAAAUUAAAUAAUAAGCUGGGUGAGAACAGUGCCAAGAACCUUCUGUCUUCUAAACCUUCAGUUUCAUUGGCUAAUGGUACAAGAUCUAUGCAAGCUACUACAUCCAGUUUCAGUAAUUCUAUGGACCAAGAUACAAAUCAGGACAUGGUGAACGCAAGUGUAUCUUCCAUAUUUUUAAAUACCAAUAAUAUCAAGCCUCAAACUGUAAAUUCUACCGUGACAAGUCAAUUGAAGCAUAAGACUAUUAUGAAUACGAGCGCUUUAAAUCUGCCUAAGCCUCAGAUGCAUUUAAAUUUAUCUUCCAGUCAAAGUAAUUCACAUUUGAAUCAUACUUUUGUACCAGUCACUUAUAAUGCUGGCACUACAUCAAGUUCGAUUUCACAUUUAAAUAACACAGCAUCUGCAUCAUCUACAAUUCCACCAAAUUUAUUGAUACCUAGACCAAACGAAGACAUUGACAUGAAAAAUAAUGUAGAUUAUAUUUCUGGAAUUGAAAAGUGUCCAUCAAAAGUGUCGUGCAGUUCAGAUUCUAGUCCUGAAGUGGACAGUGCCUGGCCAUCUAGAUCUUAUGUUUCUAAAUGUGUGUUAAAUAAUAUAGGAGGUAGCAUUGGUUCUACAAGUCAAGGAACAUGCUGUUUCUUAAGACCUAAUAUUAAUGGUAACAGAGAAGUAGCAGGACCGAGUGGAUUACAAAAGCAGAGUACGCAAAGAGAGCAAAAUGAGAGGAGAGAUUCAAGUUCUGGCAAUGAGGGUGACAUGUCUGAUGGAGAAGACUAUUGUAUUUAUACAUACAAGGGAAACGAUGAUGCAGUUUACUUAGCUCAAAAAGAAGAAGUAAAUCAGGGACAAUUAGAAGAAUGUGAAGAGGAAGGACAAUAUCAUAGCGGUAGAUCCAGUCCUGAGAUGGACUUUUUAGAAAUGGAUUUUGAUCCUGGGCCUUCUUGUGAGCAGGAUACAGGAGACAGUGACUUGGCCUCUAUAAACGAAGACAUACAGAACAUAGCAUUAGAUAAUGUAGAACAGGAUCCAGUAUUAAACGAUUUAAGUAGUGGUAAAGUUGUAUCUCGGCAAGGAAUUGCAUCUACAUCGCAACAUCCGAAGCAGAGUGUGCAAAAUGUAAAUCAUGUAGAACUUCAGCAAUGUUCUACUAGCCAGUCCACACCGGAACCAACUGUGAAACCAAGUUAUCCCUCGUCAUGGAUGCCAAGUACUAGCGGUGCAACCGAAAAAUGGGAUACUGCUGGCUUAUAUCGUAAUACGGGAUGUCCAUUACGAGAAUCGUAUGGAUACCACAAUACAAGCGGAGAUCUUAUAUCACCUGGUGAUAACAGAGACACGGAAUCGGAAUUAUGGGCUGAAUCUUCUAUGACGUCGGUUUCAGAAAGUUCAAAUUUAAAUUCUGGGAGAGUAAAUCUCAGUUCAACUCUUUAUCAUCGCAUGAUGGCAAAAAAGUUGAUGCUCAAUAAACAGGCCGCGUUUAAUCAGAGUGGCGAUUCAAAUCUAGAAAACGAAUUAUGCAAUGAACGAUUAGAUGGACUUCUACCGGUUGAAAAAGUUAUGUUAUGGAGCGAAAAAGAAGCAACAGUAAAACAAGUCACACAAAUUGAAACCUCUGCAUGUGGUGCUACGUCUGCAAUUAACGCUUUGUUGGCUUUAAAUGUAUCAUUUUCACUGGAGGCAUUAUUAAAUGGUGUAAACACUAGACAAAGAGAGCCAGGUUCACCACUGCCUAGAUAUUUAUACAGCCGGUCUGUUGCCGGAUCAACUCAUAACGAUUUGGCUCGUGGUAUAGCUUUGUGUACAAACGGUUCAGUUAUAACAAAAUUUUUUGCAUUCUAUCCAGAAAGGAAAGUGUCCUUGUCUCAUUGGCUUCAUUAUUGGAUUUCAAGAGGAGCUGCACCCAUUGCAACAUUAAAUUUACAACAUUGUGGAGAAGGGUGUGAUAUUCCAGAUGCAUGGCAUCAUCAAAUGAUAUUUGGUGUAGGACAGGCGGGAAUAUAUUUAACCAAUCCAUUAGAAUGUUUACCCGAGCAGUAUGUGUGGCAUCAACUUGUAAGUCCUAGUAUUUUGCUGAUACGAAGAGCAGAUGUUCUAGCCCAUUGGAACGCUAAUACAGAUCUAACACCACUCAUUACCAUGAAUCAAAAGUGGCGAAAGCUCAAUGUUCUCGGGCAAGUUGUAAAUAUGGUACGAGAAGCAAUGACUCAAAGACGACAACUUAGUAAUGCGAGUACUGGCACAACUCACAUUCGUAUUCCUGCAUCUUACGAAGCAGGUAUUACAUUAGUUAUGUGUGCAGAUUCUGCUGCUGCUUCCGAGUUGUUACAUGCUGAACAAUUACCAUUACUCUAGUCUUGUUAAUCAAAAUUCAUAGAAUCCAGGCUGCCCUCCCUUUUUUAUUUGUAAUAAAUUUAAUUAGCAGGCUGGUCCGCACAAUGUUGUUUACAAUAGUUCAUUUAUUAUAUAAGACAGUUAGAGUCAGAAUUAAAAUGAUUUACUUUUUUGACACAAAAAAUGUUUAUAUUCAAAGAGAUUAUCAAUUGAAAUAUAUUUCAA